GGCCUGUCGUGGUGAUGGGGGGGGUCAAAGGGUGCUUCCGCCUUUCCCGCCCUCCCUUUCUUCCUCUGCGCUCUGUGGAGUCGGAUCUGACCCAACAACAACAACAUCAACAUGCAGAACGACACCGGCGAGUUCGUGGACCUGUACGUCCCGCGGAAAUGCUCGGCCAGCAACCGCAUCAUCGCUGCCAAAGACCACGCUUCUGUACAGAUGAACAUCGCGGAGGUCGACCCCAGCACCGGCCGUUUUAACGGCCAGUAUAAGACCUACGCUCUCUGCGGACCCAUCAGAAGGAUGGGCGAGUCUGACGAUUGCAUCCUGCGGCUGGCGAAGGAAGACUCCAUCGUCUCAAAGACCUUUUGAGACGAAGACGUCGGGCUGAGAAAAUGUGUCGCAAAAUAAAACGAACGUUUUAGAAGUGAAAA